AUGUCCCUCGGGGGGACCACAGGCGACAACACGCGCCUGCUUCGGAAGGCUCCAGAGGAGGAGGAGGAGGAGGAGGAGGAGGAGGAGGAGGAGGAGGAGGAGGAGGAGGAGGAGGAGGAGGAGGAGGAGGAGGAGGAGGAGGAGGAGGAGGAGGAGGCGAUGCAGGCGGAGGGCGUGCGGGAGGUGGCCGUGGCAACUGGCCUGGAGGUGCUGUACCAGGAGACCCCCAACUACCGCGGAGCGGCGGCCGAGGCUGACCGCAUGAUCGAGCCAAGGGAGACGGCUAGGCAUGCCUGGCGAGUGCCAGACCUGGGCGUAGAGCCUGUUGCUAGUGCUGCAGAGGAGGCGGUUACUGAGGGGGGUUAA